CCAAAGCAUCCCCUGUCUUAUCCCAAACCAAACACCGCACAACCCCAGUUCCCAUAGCUCUCGGCGCGCCGAAGCAGAGAGGCAUUUCGUCGAACAUGUCGCUCGUCACAGCCUUCCUGGCGGGCGCCGCCGCGCCGGCAGCGGCGCCAAGGACGGCCCGCCCGUCUGCGGGCUUCUUCGGAGUCGGCGGAGGGUGCGCGCUGACGGUGGAGUGCUCGUCGCGGCCGCAGAAGAAGGGAACCAAGCACCACAUGAAGACGCGGCCCAAGAAGACGCAGCGGUGGGACAUCAAGCGCCGCCCCACGCAGUACCCGCCGCUGCCGGCGCUCCCCGAGGACUGGACGCUCGUCGCCGCCGGCGAGACGGAGGACGCGGCGGCGCAGGACGAGGAGUCGGCGCCCGCCGUCGCCGUCGACGUCGAGGUGGUCGCCGCCCCCGCCGCCGCGGACUGAAGCCGUCUCCGCAAACCCCGACCUUUUGUCUCAUGUAUUUCGUCGUUUCCUUGAACUCUUCACCACGCAUGGUUUUUGUUUGAGAUAUUAUGCUAUCGUUUGUGAUUACAGUUAAUCCUGGAUAGUACUCCAAUGGCUGUUGCUGCUUUCGAUUCAGUGGCUUCUUUGCUUGUUGAUCUCUUGGCUUCACGCUACAGCUACUCAAAAUGUUAAGUCUCAAUUCAUCGCUGCGCCGCCUAUGGAUAUGAUUUUUACUUUUUA